AGGCACAAGCAAGCACACACACACACUUUACCACUUCGAAGGAGGAUGUUCAGCCAAGCAUUACUACGAAGCACCCGCCAGACCAUCGCCACCAGUCGAGCCUGCAAGCCAACGACGACCAACAACAAUGGCCUCCGAAAGGCGUUCUACUCCGACGACAAGUCUGCAGGACAGCAACUCAGUCCGGCCACCACGGAGAGACCCUCCGGGAUCCAGCCGGCGAGCUCUUCCGACGACCCUCAGCUGAUCCCUGCCGGCUUGACCAGUGGUGCUCCAGAACAAUUGGCUAUCCGUCCCGUCCGCAUCUAUCGCCCAUCGCCCACCACCAUGCAAUCGGCCAAGGCGAACAACCACACCUGGGUGCUCGAUUGGGAGACCCUACAGGGCGCCGGACGAUGGGAAAACCCGUUGAUGGGCUGGGCCUCUACGGCUGAUUACAUGCAAGGAACGAAUCUCAAGUUCGACUCCUCCGAGGCCGCCGUCGCGUUCUGUGAAAAACAAGGCUGGCCGUACUUCGUUCAAGCCCCUAAAGCGAUCAAGUUCAAAGUCAAAUCUUAUUCGGAUAACUACCUCUAUUCGGACUCCAAGCUCCGCAUCCACAAGACUAAAUAAAACCAGAUCGGUCUUAUCAAGUUUUUUUAUGCUUGUCACUUGGAAGUAACAGAUACUCUUCAAUAAACAAUAAGCCCCAUCGGGAUGUCUUUUUGAAGAAAUCCAGACUGAACAUAGAAAGAUGUCUCCUCCAUUGUUUUUUUUUUGU